AUGGUGAUUACUGAAAGUCUGUAUGACAAAAAUGACAUCUUAUCUGCUCAAAUUGUUUUUUCAACAGUUCCUAUAGGUGGAACUCUGACUAUGAUGGUCAAUAUAACAGUUGACAAUCAAAAAGCCAAUUUCCUAUACCUUGGUAAAGGCUUUCCUCUCAAGCGUUUGAUCAAGCUCCCAGAAGGAGAAGAUGGUUGUGGUAACUGUUAUUAUAAGGUGCCUCGGUGCAAGGAAAACUACUGUCUCAGACAUGCAGGAGACAAAAUGCUAAAUAUAACUUUAAAAGAGAUUACCAAGUCCAUGGAGGGCUUUUACAGGUUAUAUCCAUACUGCUUAGGACCUAACCAUAACUGUACCACACACCAACCUUUGAAGAGUUUCAUGCUCAACACUAAAGAUAACCCAGAGCCAACAAAGGUGACAACAUUUGAGACAGACUCAGGCCCCACAGAAUGGAUUUCUUCAGGUAAAAAGGUGUAUGUGAUGAGGAAAUGCUUGUGCAGAAUAAUAAUUCACUAAGUGUCUUAGCUGAAAAACCUUUUCUUGUGAGACAAAUUAGCACACUGUUUAUGAUACAGUUUUUCUGGCUUUGAUUUGUUCUAAAUGUAAAAUGACAACAAAAUUCACAUAAUCAUAAUAUAACUAUGAAUUCAUCCCACUCAGUGCCUUGACUGAUGGCAGGUUUCACUGCAGUUAGAAUCUCAUACAGCUUGUGUGACUGUUUCUUUCUUUUUUUACUUUAUUUACUUUUUACAUGCCACAAACUUCCCAUUUUCAUUAUUUUAGGUAAACCAAAGGUAACAUAGGCUAUAACAGUUACAAACAAUAUGCAUUCUAAUGUAAAUUAGGCAUCAUUCAUGCAGCUGGGAUGAAAAAUUAAGGAUUUAAUUUAGGUACCUAAUAGUUAACAAAAAGAUGGAGUGUGAAGCUAAGAUUCUUUCAGUCCAUAUGCAAAUCAAUUAACCCUUUAACUCCCAGGAGUGAUUAACAUAUAAUUUCUCCCUAUAAUAUCCCUACAUUCUCCAGCAAAGAGAUCAUGAGAAUUCUCAAACUUAUCAGGUACGGGUUGUCUUGAUCUAACAUCAAAUUCUCAUAACUAUAAGUUACAAGGAAAUGUUUAGCAGCCAGAGGGGAGAAUUAACAAUCAGAUCUUGGGAGUUAAAGGGUUAACACAUUUAGUUUCACUUAGUUUACUACUAAGCUACUAUAAAACAUGAGGCAGCUACACUAUCAUAAAUAAACAUACACUCAGGUACUGUUAGUAGAUUUUUUUUCAAAUAGACAUGGAACAUGUCAAAUUUUGGGU